AUGGCUGAACAUAUGAAAGCAUGGCAGCUUCCAGCCCCUGGUCCCAUUGAAGAGAAGCUUAAGCUUAUCGAGAACGUCCCCCGCCCCAAUGCAGAUCUUAAGAAAGGCGAAAUUCUCGUCCGCGUCGUCAGCGCCGCUCUAAACCCGGCCGACUACAAGAUGACAGGGAUGGGGUUAAUGUCGCGUGCUGCAAUCAAGUUCCCCAAGUCGCCUGGCAUGGACGUCAGCGGAACAAUCGUGGAUAUUUCCCCGGGAUCAACGGACGGCGAAGUCGGCGAUAAUAUCCUUGGUCGAGUUGAGCCCGUCAGCUCCUCCGGUUCCCUCUCACAGUACGUCGUAUUACCACGAGAUGCGUACGCCGUCGUACCUAAGACUGUGGACCUCGAUCAUGCUGCCGGUAUACCCACUGCGGGGGCGACGCAGUACCAGAGCAUCAAGCCCUUCGUUAAAGCCGGCUCUCGUGUAUUCAUCAACGGCGGCUCUGGAGGAACUGGAACAUUCGGUAUUCAAAUUGCGAAGGCCCUUGGAUGCCACGUUACGACAUCUUGCUCUACAGGCAAGAUUGAGUUGGUCAAGAGGUUGGGUGCAGAUACGAUUAUUGACUACCGAGUCGAUGAUGUUGUGUCUAAGCUCAAAGCUGAGGGCCAAGUCUACGAUUUAGUGGUAGACAACAUUGGUGACUCGCCUGAAGACUUCUUUUCCAAAACUCCAGGAUUUCUGAAGCCGGAUGGUCACUUCAUUGCUAUUGGGGGCUCUGUCUCGAUGACAACGGCCAAGAAUAUGAUCAAGGGGCUGAUGUUGCCUACGUUACUGGGUGGCACGCCGCGUAAAUUCGUGCCCCUUGUCACCAAGAAUAUACACGAGGACUAUGAGCAACUAGCAGAGUGGCUGGCUGAUGGAACUGUAUCCUCGGUUAUCGACUCUACCUUUGAAUUUGAGGAGGCGGUUGAGGCCUACGAGCACCUGAAGAAAGGUUCUACUGCAGGCAAAAUCAUUGUCCACGUCUCACCGAGGACAUGA